GAUGCACUGAGAAUUUUGAAGCAAGUUGGCUGGUAUAAUAAGCAUUGGAAUUGGCCAAAUCCUUUCCACUCCUUUAUCAGCCUCUUCUUCCACUAUGGCACAUCUCACUGAGAAAGCCCAAAUUCCAACUCAUGGCUUUUCUUCACAUGAAAUGGGUAUCCUUAGUCUAAGAAUCUGAUAUUGCAGUUUGCUGAAACCCCUCAGAGAGGCAACUGCCAGUCUGCCACUGCCAAAACUUGGCAUGCACAUUUGCUCAAAUCUGAUGUGCAGGCAACAGCUGCCUGUGAAUACUGGUGACCUGGUAUGAGUGUUGGGAUCAUGUCCAUGGUGGCACCUGUUGGUAUUCUCAGCACAUGCAAUAUACACAAUGUGACAGGUGACAUUGCUGACCUUAGAACAUAGGCUUAAGGAAAGCUCUGACAAGGUGGAACAUAUCCCUGUGGGUGAAGGGGACAUUGGGCUCAUGGGCUGUUAAACAUUUGUGUACAGGUCUACAGGAAGUUGUGAUGCCUAGCAGCCUAGGUAUGUAGUUUCUGAAGCAUUUAGGGUGAUGCGAACUGCAUUUGCAUUCUUGUCUGAAUUCUGGCCUUGUGGGUUGUGCCUUCCAAAAAAAUCAAAAUCUAUUGAUAAUCAGAUUCAGAGGGGUUCAUCAUGUCAAUUUAUCUGGCUUCUGAAGCUGUAUGUGGGAUUGCAAAGGACCAAGGCUUCAUAGUUCAGCUAUGAAUGCAUGAGGAUUGCCUGCAGAACUGCCCGGAAUGCAUGAUCCAUGUUUUGAAGUAUAUGAUAUUCUCUCUAUCAUUGAUAUAUGAUGCCAUCAGGGGUGGACCCAGGAUCCAUCAGGGGUGGACCCAGGAUUGGACUACACCCCGGACUAAGCUAGUUAAAACACUGCAUUUUUUAAGUUAAGCUACCAUGGACAUGGAGAUUUUGACCAAGAACAAGGCUGCAGCCCCGGCAGCCCAGGUCGCAGGGUCACCGGAAGGGGAGAGAAUCCCCCACCUGAAUUCCAUUCAAAGUGUGGCAGACCACGGAUCAAAGGCCUCGUUUUUACGGAAAACGAGACAAAACCUUACAUCGGCGCGUCUACCUAGCUAAACUAGAUCUCAGAUCGGCGCCAUGCCCCAGCACAAGGGCAAAGGUGUGGCAAACCACACAAAAAUCAACACGGUGCCCUAGCAUAAGGGCGGAAAUGUGGCCUAACCCACAGAUAACAAAACCAAGCCCUUGCAUAAGGGCGAAAAUGUGGCAUAUGGAUGGAUAAAGGUGGUGCGGGAGUCGCAACGACAACGCCUCCAUGGAGGAAAUCGGCACCCGCAGGCGUCGACGUCGUCGCUGGUUGAGAAGAACCAAGAUUGGCUUUCGCCAGCGAGUCGCACCACCCCGUCGAAGCAGGUCUUCUGGACAGCGCCUCCAUGGCGAACGCGACAUCAGCGCUGCUGCCGCUGCCCGCCCAGCAUCUGGGCAGAGUUUCCUCCGAAGAACCCGCUUGACACGGCACCGCUAUGGAUGGAGAGCAGCACGCCAUGGCCGAGCAGGGUCGCCCUCAUUCUGUCGAGGGCUCACAAAGACCAAUGCCGUUGUCCCGUCACCCCACAGAAGCCUCUUCAGAGGGCCAUCAACGCGCCGGUUGCACGCAGUAGCCGCACAGCUGCGUCGGGCACCCCUCCGGUCAGGCAGCACAUGGGGCUGGACCUUGGCUCCACUGCUCGCAUCACACCGCCGCACGUCGAGGCUGUCGCCGACCACCGCCGCCGGCACAGCACCCCCGCCGCCAGUAGGCCAAUCGGAGCGCCCGCUCACCAAUCGUGAUGCCGUGUUUGCCACGAGCCGCGGCCGCAACCACAACAGAGGUGGCCGCCGGCCACCAUGGCACCCGUCCGCGCCCCACGACGGACACCCCCGCGUGGGUGAUGCCGCCGCCGCCGCCGCUCAGGGGCGUCGGGGGGCUCCACAACGUACAUCCGGGCCCGGGGGCGCCGGAUCCGGCCGCCAGCGACCACGCGGAAACCGGCCACGCGCCGCGACGGAUGCUCCCGCGUGGUGGAAGCCGCCGCCGCCACCACUCCGCGUAGAUCCGGCCAGGGGGUCACCGGAUCCACCCUCGGGGGCGCCGGAUCUGGCCUCGGAGUUGCCGAGUUCGGCUGUAGGCCGACAACCGCCAUGGGGAGCAGAACUCGAAGUGCCCCCGCAGGACUCGGGAAGAGGAAAAAGCGGCCUCGCCGCCGCUGUCCCUGCAGCCGAGCGGGCUUCCGCUGGCCUGCUCGAGCGGCGGCGAGUAGGAGGGACGGGGGAGGGGGCUCGCGGCGGCGGCGGCUCGGGUGCCGCCCGAGUCGCCCGCUAGGAGCGACGCGGGGUCCUUUUCCUGUGUUUCACCAUGCUUCUUUUUUAUUUUUCUGGUAAACAAACUGCAUGAGCAUGGGAGCAUGAUGCUUAUGAUUUACAAACUAUGUUAAUGAUAGUCUUCUUUCUUUGUUUCUAUUCCUUAGCAAUGCUUGGUUGUUUUGCUUAGACGUCUACAGGAUUUUAUGGCUCCUAUGUCCCACCGUGUUUGAGGUACAAAGAUAUAUCUCAUCAUCAUUGCUGAAUCAUACAAGAAAGGAAUCGAGUAUAACAAUUUCAGAGAAAACCAAAGUUUCAGAUAUAGAUCCAUUAACAGACAAUGGAACCAUGUGUGUUAAGCCAAUUAUAAUACUCAGUCUUAAAAACUAGAUACAUCUGUGUUUAGUAAGUGUCCUUCAACCUUCUAAAAUUGAUGAAGUUUGAGAAAGUUUCACAGGAAUGAAACGCGAAAAUUAGUCUUGAACUGAGUUACUUUAGUUCUGUGAACAGAACGGUAGACUAUGAUGACAAUCUUGCAAAAAGUGUCUGACUAUUUAGCAGUCAAACUAAAAUCAGGUUCUGUCAGGAAAGCUCUCUUAUCCAGAAAUAUCUAUACACAUAUGCAGGUGCGUAGAGUAUCCUGGUAUGGAUUUUCUUUUAAUUUUGGGAGACGAGGACUUUGCCACUGUAUCAUGCACCAAGAAAGAAGAAUCUUUUGAUUGACCACAUCAAUUUGAUAAUUUACUUGCAGUCAGAUCAAACUGCAGUGAAACAAAGUGUUAUUUCAAUCCAGUAAGCAAAUUGGCUUACAGAUAAUUUCAUGUAUGUGGAUAGAUUAGUGCAGAAAAAAACAAAGGGAAUGAUUUGAAGUAGGAUCACAAUUGAUGAAAAUAUUGGAUUCUUCUGGAUCACCAUCAUUUAGUCUUGAUUUAUCACAAGCAAUUUACAAAUUUCAACCGGCUACCGAUAGGCCAUGGCUAAUUUGUACCACCAGUCAUGUGGCUUAUCUGCUGUAAGUUGUCUAGCAUGGUUGUCCUACAACUACAUAAUGAUUCAUGGACGGAGAAAAAAGAGGGGAGAGGUAGGCAGAAAGGAGGCCCUUCUAUAACACUGUGUUGUCUGCGUCAUUUCUGUUGCUUUCAUUGAGAGAAUUUACAUGCUAUGAGCCAAGCUGGAUCAACUGUGGCUUUUUUGAAAAACCAGAAGGCUACAAAGUUAGUGUCUCACAUUUGGAAGGUAGUUCUGCUGAAUGAUCAGUCCAAGAUCAAUUCUCAAGUCCCAAGUGGCAUGGUAGGUUGUUCUUAAAUGACUGAUUGUUGGUUUCCAUUGUUGGUCUUUGGCUUCAGUUGCUGUUUACUGUUUUCUGCAUUUCUGCCCUUUGAACUUAUAAUACCUUUCUUAGUUUGGUAGACUUGGUGUCUCUAAGGAUCAAAUCUUAUGUUAACUUUCAUGAUGUAAAAGUUAACAUAGGAGCUGAGUUGGUUCGACAAGGAUUAUGGUCUUAUUUCGGGGAUCAAUCUUGUCUGAGUGCUUCUGAAAGGCUCCAUAUACUCACUUGAACUUUGUAGUUAAAUAUAUCCUGGAACUGAGUGCAUUAGUUUAUCAUCAUGUGCAUAAAUGUUAUGUGCAUGCACAUGUGUGUGAACCAGUUGACAACAUUCUUAAUCUUUUAUUCUGAAAGGCUCCAUAUACUCACUUGAACUUUGUAGUUAAAUAUAUCCUGGAACUGAGUGCAUUAGUUUAUCAUCAUGUGCAUAAAUGUUAUGUGCAUGCACAUGUGUGUGAACCAGUUGACAACAUUCUUAAUCUUUUAUUCACUUUUUAUGGCUAUAAUAGCCUCAAGAUCUUGAAAUCAUCAUGUCUAUUUGUUCUGAUCAGUAGAUCUACACCUACACCUUUCAUAUUUGGUAAAGCUGAUCAUGCUGGUGGCUAAAAUUAAUUUCAUACAUCUCUUCUCCUCUCCUUCCAUGAGCUCUGUUUUGUUUAUGAAGUGAGAAUUCAAUAUUUUAAGAGAGUGAGAAUGCACAGCUUCUUUAUCUGUUAACACAGUAAGCUUUCCUGUACUAGCUUUAACAGUGUCUAUCUUAUCUCUGUUGCUGUUGCAUCAUGUCUUUUGGUCCUUGAUGAUAAGUAAUGGAUAAUGCAACAUGUUUAGUGUCUGUCUGCUUCCUGCGCUGUGACAUAUCGAUUGGGCAUCUCAAGUGGGGUCCCCCCGAGCUAGUGUAAUUCUAUUCUUCUCACAGACAGGAUAUUUAUUUUUAUCUUUGCUUCUUGAUAGCACAGUUUUUACUAGACUGAAGACCUUAAAACAGCUGAAAUCUGGUUUUGAGGAAUUUAAAGUAUCUAAUCUUGUUUCUCAGAUAUGCACAUUUGAGAAUUAUUUUGAUUUUUAGGGCAGAACUACUUUAUUUUUUUUUAUUUUUUUGCUUCAUUUCCGUGGCUGAGUGCUUUAUGCAACGGUUUCUUAGUGAAACUGAGGCUAUGAGCUUUGGCAAUACAAUUUCGUCAAUAUUCUUGAAGGAAACACCAAUCCUAUGUUCUUAACAAGUUUAUGUCCAAAUGUUCUGUUGAAUUGUACCUCAACUGUAAAUGGGAAUUGAUAAACGGUCCCCAUAUCGUUGCAUGACAUAACCGUUUUUUACCUAAACCUGUUUGAGUUGAGAUAAUUGUCAUAUUGAUGUGCCUCACUAAGUAGCUGUUCGGUUGCAUACUUGCAUUACGGAGGUGCCCAGUGUUCAGCUACAUUAGUAAUGGGGCUUUUCAGAGUUAAACAUCUCGAUAUGAUAGCAAAGCAUAGGUUUAUCUUCUACCAUGUUUGCAAAAGUAUAUCACUGCAGCAAAAUCAAACUGUUGAAUCUUUCUGAAACGAGCUGCAUAUGGAGAUCAUAUCAAAUUACACCCAAGUGAUCAUUGCAAGCUCACUUUUGGUGGAAAAAUAUGCAUGCUGGAAAGUGGGAGGAAGAAGCCGAGAAAGAAAAGGAAGCUGAAUGUAUUCCCAACACGGCAAGGUGAACCCGCAUCAGCCGUGCUGACACAGACGUUUUACCAAGAGUCUUGUCCCCAGAAUCUAAAGCACUCUAGACUGUCUUUUCCCCUACUCAUGUACCUGUCAGCUGGGCUUUCUGCACUGUGACCUCAUCUUUCAGGUUGCAAGUUUGCAGCAGUGAGCUCUUGUCUAUAAUAACUGGUUUUCCAUGAGUUGUAGUAGGCAAAAAAACCAAGGCCAUGAUGUGUCUGAGACGGAACAAACCAUUUCAUUCUCGUCGCAAUCGAGUCACCCUUCCUUGCAGCACUCCCCGAACCCAAGCCUGAGCCCAUGCCUCUACCAGUGCAUUGCCACUCUCAAAGGUAACUCAUCCUAUGUCUCCAGCCUCGCCGUCGAUGGUGACUCGCUCUACAUAGCCUCGUCGGAUGGCCACCUCAGGCUGUGGCCGCUGGACAUGGCCAUGGACGCACAACGAGCCGAGCAGUCCAGCUCUACGGUUGCAGUCACCAACAGUUCCAUAAAGUGUGUCAUCGCCACCGGCAACGGCGGCCUCGUCAGCUCGCACCAGGACGGCAAGAUCAGGGUGUGGCAUCCCGCCGCCCGGAGGAACGGCCACCUCGCCCUGCGCACCGUCCUGCCGACCGCCGCCGACCGCCUGCGCACGUUCCUGUUCCCCGGCAGCUACGUGGAGGUCCGGCGGCACCGGAAGCGCACCUGGGUGCACCACGCCGACGCGGUCGCCGCGCUCGCGCUGUCCCCGGACGGCGCGGAGAUGUACUCCGUGUCGUGGGACCGGAGCCUCAAGGUGUGGCGGCUGCCGAGCCUCCGCUGCGCCCAGUCCGUCGCGGCGGCGCACGGCGACGCCAUCAACGCCGUGGCCGCGUCGGCCGACGGGCACGUGUUCACCGGCUCGGCCGACGGGACGGUCAGGGCGUGGCGGCGCCGCCCAGGGCAGAGGAAGCUCUCGCUGGCCGGCACCAUGGAGCGCCACACGGCGGCGGUGAACGCGCUGGCGCUCGGCGUGGGCGGGACGGUGCUGUACUCCGGCGCGUGCGACCGGUGCGUCGUGGUGUGGGAGUGCUGCGCGGGCGGUGGCGUGGCGGCCGCCGCCGCCGCCACGCUCAGGGGCCACACGAAGGCCGUGCUGUGCCUGGCCGCCGCCGGGGACGUGGUGUGCAGUGGCUCGGCGGACAGGACGGUGAGGGUGUGGAGGAGGGGAGCGGCAGAGGCGGGCUCAACCUACACCUGUCUGGCAGUGCUGGACAGCCAUGCCGGAGCGGUGAAGAGCUUGGCGUUGGUGAGGAAACCGGGAGGUGAUCACGACGACGGCCCGUGCGACGGGUGCUGCUGCUCUGCAGCUCAUGUCUGCAGCGGAUCGCUGGACUGUGACGUGAAGAUUUGGAGAGUGACCGUUUCCUGCUUACGAGUGCCGUAGAGGUGUACCUGUGUGUGAAGAUGAAUACUCUUCGAGCUGACCGAUUCGGUAUUUUUAAAAAGGGUAACAUUCGUUUUUUAAUCCUAAAUUAUCACGAUCGUCCGAUUUU